AUGACUUCUGCAAUGGAUAAUGUUUCUCAACCUCUAGUUGCCUUCAUUGUGGAUCAAUAUUUGUGUCGCAACCAAUUCUAUCAAACGAGGGCCACCUUUCGGAACGAGGCUUUGCCACUCUUUGCCGCUCGGCCAUCAAACACGAAUGUGUUGAGUUUGGAGGAGAUACUAAAUCAAUAUAUAUUAUUGAAGAAACAACAUACACGGUUGGAGGAAGAAAAGGUCAUGGUGAUGCAAGAGAAAAAUAGAAUCCAAAAGUUGUUGCAAGACAUUCAGAAUGGUAUGGUUAGUUUCAAUGCAAUAUCACCCAUGUCCAAUGUCAAAACCAUCAUCACAAAUUCUGCAAUUGCUCGUCCAGUGGAAAAUUCUAUUAGAACUCCUCCAGUUGCUUCUAGUACUAUCGUUUUUCCUAUGCAAAACACAAUGUCGUUGCCAAUUAAACCCAUGGACAAUAAAAACUUGUCAUCACCUAUGAUUGGAGUGUUUGACAAGAAGAGAAAAGAUAUUUCGACCGCAAAUGGGUCUGUAGUUGCUAAGAAACCUCGUGGUAGAAAACCUGCGAAGAAGAAGCAACUCCAAUGUACAAAUAUGUCGCUAUCGUCUCCUAAUAACAAUGUAGAUUUUGGAUCCUCUGAUGCAUCACCUCAAUCGUUGGUCAUAAACCCUACAAACAAGGAAACACAAAUUUCAACUAAUUAUGUUUCAACAGCACAUCCCAUAAUUCAUUCAUUUCCCAUUGAUACACAUGUUACUCCUGUGGCGAAAUGUAAUGGGGAAGUUAUUGCCCCUUCUUAUAAUGUGAUUACAACCAGGAGAGAUAUGGUUGACCAUGUAAAACAAAUGGCGUGUAAUGAAGGCAAUAUCGACUUUUCUUCUAUUGUGGCAGAUAAUGAUGAAACACAAAAGAGGGAUACAAACAAGGAAAGUAACAUGGAUACAAACAAGAGAAGUACGAGAACGUUGGAUGUUAAUUCUUCCGAUAUACCUGAAAACUUGGACCCGCCAUUUUCAAACGAGAUUGAUGCUUCUGAAUUUGACAACAAAAGAGACGAUUGUAUAUACCUAGAUUUUUCGGAGGACAUGUUAGAUUUUAUAAACUUCGAAGAAUAA